UACAUUUUAUAUUAUAUGAUAGUUAUAGAUUUCAGUUCGCGAUUUUAAUAUCUUUUGAAUGUGUUUUUAAGUUUAAAGUAAACUUUUUUGUAUAAUGAUGAAUGUUAUUAGAAGAUUUUAUAGUAGUAAUAAGCUAGCCCCAAGUGGCCCGGCGACAGAAACCAAUGGUGCAUUACCCAUUGAUUUAGAAGGCCGGCACAGACAUGUAAGACAUAGAUUAACGAACAUGACUGAUGAAGAACGGGCUUUUCGAAGGAAAUUUUUGCAUUCUCAACAUUUAACUCCUGAUGAGCCGAAGGUUGUACCUGAAAUGUAUGAAGAAUUGUAUAAUCCUAUCAGACGUUUUUAUAGAGCUCCAAUGAAUGCGUUUCAAUCAGUUUUAGAACCAACAUUAGGUGAACGGAGAGCCUUUGAAGUACGAUUUAUGACUGGUAAAUUAUUAAUGGGAAUUGCAAUUGUUUAUGGUGUCACAUACUACUUUAUGUACAAUACUAAUACUUGGGAAAGAAUGUCGGGUUGGAGAGUACAUCAAUCUCGCGUUCAAUCAGUUCCUGGGGAUCCAGACUAUCCAAAAGUAUCUGAUCGUACUCUGCCCAAACAUUAUGCUGACAGAAAUUUCAGUAACUCUCCAAUAUAAUUGAUUAAUAGAUAUUUUAUUGCAAAUUUUUCUGUAAGAGUUAUUAAAAUGUAGAAUAAAGUAUAUGAAGUAUAAAAUAUAAAAAAGAUGUUGUAAAUUAUAUAAAAUAAUAAAAGUCUACAUAUUA